CUUGUUUUCAAUUUUCAUCGAAAUCACAACAAAUCAUGUAACGCAAUACAUGCACUGUAUGUCAAAAUGAAAAUGUUACAAAAGUAGGCCGGCUUCUAUUUUCCCACUCUGAUUUCGAUCCAAGUAGUCUACUUGGUAGGUGCACACAACAUUACUCGUCACUGCUGUUUGAAAUUGCAAUAGAGAAGCAAGAAGAAAUUUCACUCAGCACCAAGAUGAACCGAACGAACGUUACAUCCCGGAUUCCGACUGGCUUGAGGGUUCCGAGAGGCUAUCGGGCCACCCAAGCAAAUGGAGGUAGAGCGGAAUCGGGAGGGAAAGUUCGUUUUCCACCCAAGACAAUUCCAACCAAGAACGAGAUAUAUCCUGAAGAGGGCAUGAUCGAGGACGAAGAUUUUCCGCCGCUGUUCCAUGAUGACAUCGAGGAUACUGGAGAUGACGUGUACGACUGGGAGCCGAUAGACAUUUCCGAGGUCGACGAGAUAUAUUUUCGGAAGAUGAAGGCUGAAUCGGAGCUUCAAAAAAUGAUGGCGGAAAACACCAGAUUGCGGCAGGAGAAUCAACGGCUUAAAACAGCAGCGAAAGGGGUAAGACUUUUUAAGUAUUGUUGUUUUAAAAUGCUACUAGUUGUUGCAGGAGAAGUGGCGCAGUCGCUCUUUAUUUAAAUCUUUUAUUAUACACGUAAUUAGGAAGCGUUCAGUGUUUUUGUUUGUUAUCUUCAAAUUUUGUUAUUUCAAGUUGUUCCGUUGUAUUUAUUGCAUUUGUUCUGUUGUUGUCUUCAUUUGUUUUGUUGAGUUUAGUUGCGUUGUACUAUUCCGUGU